UACUCCGGCGUCAGAGACUGAACGGCAUUGUGGGACGGAGGCGGAUUUGCAGCGGUUUCCGGUCCCCUGGACAGUACUGGGAAAAAGUGAGAAUAUAAGGGAGGAGAAGAAAAGUCUGCUUUUAAAUAUUUUCUGUCAGACAUUUACACCGAGGGUUUUUUUUUACCUGCAGGCAUGUCACAGUCUGGAGAAAAAGGCAAGUUCCCUGAGGCUGCAGGGUAUGUGGGCUUUGCUAACCUCCCUAACCAGGUACAUAGGAAAUCUGUAAAGAAAGGCUUCGAGUUUACACUGAUGGUAGUAGGAGAGUCUGGACUGGGUAAAUCCACCCUCAUCAACAGCCUGUUUCUCACUGACCUCUAUCCAGAACGCUACAUCCCUGGAGCAGCAGAGAAGAUUGAGCGGACAGUGCAGAUCGAGGCCUCAACAGUGGAAAUCGAAGAGAGGGGGGUGAAACUCCGCCUUACUGUGGUCGACACUCCUGGAUACGGAGAUGCCAUCAACAGUCAAGACUGUUUUAAGACCAUCAUUCAGUACAUUGACAAUCAGUUUGAGCGCUACCUGCAUGAUGAAAGCGGCCUGAAUCGCAGACACAUUGUGGACAACAGAGUUCACUGCUGCUUCUAUUUCAUAUCUCCAUUUGGACACGGACUUAAGCCACUGGAUGUGGAGUUCAUGAAAGCCAUCCACAGCAAAGUGAACAUCGUGCCCGUUAUCGCAAAAGCCGACACUCUGACGCUCCGAGAGAGGGACCGCUUGAAACGAAGGAUCCUGGAUGAGAUCAGUGAGCAUGGCAUCCGCAUCUACCAGCUCCCUGAUGCAGACUCUGAUGAGGAUGAGGAGUUCAAAGAGCAGACCCGUGUCCUAAAGGCCAGCAUUCCUUUUGCUGUGAUUGGCUCAAACCAGCUGAUUGAGGUGAAGGGGAAGAAGAUUCGAGGGCGUUUGUACCCUUGGGGUGUAGUGGAGGUAGAGAAUCCCGAACACAAUGAUUUCCUCAAACUGCGCACCAUGCUCGUGACUCAUAUGCAGGACCUACAGGAAGUGACUCAGGACCUACACUAUGAGAACUUCCGCUCAGAGAGACUGAAGAGAGCUGGCAGGUCAGUGGAGGAAGAAGUGUUAGACAAAGAUCAGAUCUUAAUGGAGAAGGAGGCUGAGCUGAGACGCAUGCAGCAGAUGAUUGCUCAAAUGCAGGCCCAAAUGAAGAUGAAGCCUGGGGACGAAUAAAAACAGAUGUAUUGUGUGUUUGCUGCAAUAGAAUGCCAGGGAUCCACUACAGUACUGGCUUCAUUUCAUCUCCUGUUUCUGCAAUCGUUCAUUCGGCACAUCACUACUACUACUACGGUUCAAUUGUCUUUUACUGAUGAUUAACAAAUAGGAUUGUUUUGGUGCGUCACUGCACCCACAUAAAUCCAUCUUAAUUAAAUGGCAUUAAAUCUUAAGUAUCUGAUUAAUAUACCAGCAUGUUCAUUAUUUAAAAUGUGCAUAGAUCUGUGCUCUGUCACAAAUAAUUUAUCUUCGCCGAAGCAUUGUUUUGUUUUUGUUUUUUUGUAUAGCAGUGGCAUGUCAAACUGUAAAAUGCUUCGGUUUUAGUAGUUUGUCUGUUUUUUUGUUUUUCCCCCACACACACUGUCUCUCUCCAUUAUCAGUCAUGUCCGCUGCUGCCAGGAAGCUACUCACUGUACCAGUCACCUCCUGUGCUUCAUCAAGACCCGCUGCUGCCUGCUCUACACAGAAAGGCCUUCCGGGGAAACUGAGAAAAUGGUAUUUAGUAUGUGACCCUACUUUAUCCUUCGAGGGAAUUGACUAGUUAUUCAAACUUGCAAGUGUUAAGUUCACAAGAGCCAUAUGAUCUCAGCAGUUUUUCUUAAAAGUGAAUGUCAAAGUGUAUGAAUUAAAGUGCCUUAGUUUCUGUGCCUUGGCGAAAUA